AUGACUCACAAGGAGGUAUCCGCCGUAACACUCGGCGGCAAGGGUUCAUCUCUCUCUUCCUCCGCCGUCUACACCACCGCCACUGGCCAAUCCCAAGUACGAAUAGACUCAUCCGCACUCGACCGGUUAUCCUCAACGCCGUCGCUAAAGCAAAAGAUCAACAUCCCCGAAUUCCUAACCCUAGAAGAAACCAGAGCCUUCCUCAUCGUCCUCCUUAACAAACUCCUCCUCUGCAACUCAUCAAAACACGUUCCGUUGUGUAUAUCAGAAGCACUCAAUUCGAAUCAGAAGAGUUUUGAUUUCGAAGAACUCGAUGUGACUGAAGAUGAACAGUCAUUGUUGAUCAAUAAUGCGUGUUUAGGGUUGAUCGGUGUUUCUGCGGUUUUGGAUCAUCAAUCGACGGCGCUGUCUGUGAUUGCUGAUGUGGCUGCGGCGUUUUCGUGUGAGGCGUUGAAAGCUGAUGUGAGUGUUUUCAAUUUGAUGGAUUCCGGUGAUGGACAUAGUUCUAAGGAGGAAGUUGGAGUUGCUGGUGAUAUGAGGAUUUUGCUUAAUGGAUCUAAGUUUGUGGGAAAGGAAACAGUUUCUUCUGUUGUGAAAAUUCCAAAAGUUCAUGGGAUUAUUAGGGAGAAGGUGAAGUCUGUGCAUUCUAGAAUGCGAGUUGAGUUGAAUUCUGGUCAUAAAUUGGGGAAAAUUGAGCUUGGGAGUGAGCAUACUGUGUGUAAUGUGUUGUUGCCUUUGGGAAUGGCAUUGAGGGAAUUGGGUGAGUGUAGUUAUGCACGUGCGCAAAGUAACUUUUUGUAUAUUAGUGGUGGUGAUUUGAAAUUGAAAAUUGGUGAAAUUUUUCGGAAGGAAUGUCCUACGGAUGCUAGUUUGGCUAGUAGUUUUAAUGAAUCUUUUAGUUUGUACUCUGGAAAGGUGUAUGAUAAGUUUGCACAUGAAAUCAAUGUGUUGUUUGCGCUUGUGUGGAAAAUUGUGGCAUGGGAACUUGUGACUGCCUAUGCUGUACUUGAGGCUGCUGAGUUGAAUGAAAAGAUCGGAGGUGCUAAAGAAAAUGGUGAGAAUUCCAAAGUUGAAAAGAAGAAGAAGAAGGCUGUUUUGGGAAAAGGAACUAGUUCGAUUUUGCAGUUGAUUAAGGAUAGGUUGCAGAGUGAAAAAAGGAGUGAUGUAGAGAAUUCGCGGCUUUUGGAAACUUGGGUUGCUGAUUUUCUAUUGUUUUUGGAUUUGGCAAGACCUGAAUUCAAUGAGUUUUUAUUGAAAGUAAAGGAUGUUGUAGAAAGCAAUGAAAGCAGAAGAUUGCCCAAGAUUCCUAAGGGGACACGUGAUUUUGCAAAAGAACAAAUGACAAUUAGAAAGAAAGCAUUUUCAGUAAUAGAAGAAGUCUUUGAGAGGCAUGGUGCCACAGCCUUGGAUACACCUGUCUUUGAAUUGCGAGAAACUCUCAUGGGAAAAUAUGGAGAAGACUCAAAGUUGAUUUAUGAUCUUGCUGAUCAGGGUGGGGAGCUCUGUUCUUUGAGAUAUGAUUUGACAGUUCCAUUUGCUAGGUUUGUAGCUAUGAAUGGUCUGACAUCUUUGAAAAGGUACCAAAUAGCUAAGGUCUACAGAAGGGACAACCCAUCUAAAGGAAGAUACCGUGAAUUUUAUCAAUGUGACUUUGAUAUUGCCGGUCCAGCUGAAAAAAUGGCUCCAGAUUUUGAGGUUGUUAGAAUUUUGACCGAAUUGCUUGAUGAGCUGAACAUUGGGGAUUUUGAGGUAAAAUUGAAUCAUAGAAAGUUACUGGAUGGCAUGAUGCAAAUAUGUGGAGUACCUCCUGAAAAGUUUAGGACUAUAUGUUCAAGUAUCGACAAGUUAGACAAACAAUCAUUCGAACAGAUAAGGAAAGAAAUGGUUGAAGAGAAAGGAUUAACUGCUGAGACAGCUGACAGAAUUGGAACAUUUGUUAAAGAAAAAGGACAUCCUUUAACAUUAUUAUCUAAACUUAAACAAGAAGGCAGUGCUUUCUUAGAAAAUGCUGGAUCUACUGAUGCAUUGAAUGACCUGGAAAUUUUAUUUAAAGCCCUGGAUAAAUCAAAACGCCUUGAUAAGGUGGUUUUUGACUUGAGUCUUGCCAGAGGUCUUGAUUAUUAUACUGGAGUUAUAUUUGAAGCUGUUUUUAAAGGGGGUGCUCAGGUUGGUUCAAUUGCUGCUGGCGGUCGAUAUGAUAACCUAAUAGGAAUGUUUGGUUCAAAGCAAGUUCCAGCAGUUGGUGUAAGUUUGGGAAUCGAAAGAGUAUUUGCCAUAAUGGAGCAACAACAGAAAGAUCAGGACCAGAUGGCCCGACCAACCAAGACAGAAGUCCUAGUGAGCAUAUUAGGGAAUGACGUAACACUAGCUGGAGAGCUAGCUGGUGAACUAUGGGAUGCUGGGGUGAAAGCAGAAUUCUUAGUCAACAAGAGAAGACCAAAGCACUUUGACUAUGCAAAAGAAUCAAGAAUCCCUUGGAUGAUACUCGUCGGUGAGCAGGAAUUAAAAGAAGGCACGGUGCAAUUGAAAAGCCUCGAGUCAGGUAAUGAUGUGAAUAUAAACAUUCCUAGAGGAAGUUUUGUGGAGGAACUUCGGAAGCGGUUAAACCCUUAA